AUGCACUGUGUCCCGCUGAGUCCUGCCUUGCAGCCAUGGGCCCCAGUCUCCACAUUGGGGCUGGAGGGUCCCAACUGGGUGGGCCCGGGGCCUGAUAGGGGCCGCACCGUGAGCAAGGAGUUCAGGGAUGUGCGGUUGGUGGGCAGUGCCCGCCAGUCCCUGGGCUCCCUGGGGGCUCUGACAGGGCAUGACUUUGGCAACCCUGGAGGUGUGUGCACUGAUGUGGAUGGCAGCGUGACCCUCUUCCCUAAGUCCGUGCCCAUUUGCCUGGUGUCCGAGGGGCUGAGGCAUGUGGUUUGUACACCUCAGGGCCAGCUCGUGGUUGCAGGUGUGGGGGAUGGUGCCAUCAAGGUGUACUAG